AUGUCGGGGACCCGGCGGCACCGGAGCGCGGCGUCCAAAGAGUUCCUCCCGGUCCCGUGGGCGCGAGCCCGGGUCGGGGGGCUGCGCGAGCUGGCGGCGCCCUCCUGCCGCGCACGCACCGUCCGAACCGACAGCGCGGUCGGUACUGCGAGGACCUCGCGGACCGCGCCUCCCGCCGCGGGGAAAACCCCGGAGGCGGGGCCCCGCGCCCCCGCGCCCCCGCGCCCGCCGGGAACGCGCGCCGAAAGCAAAGGAAAAGCCGGCUGCGCGGGGGGCGGGAGGCCCGACGGGCUGACUCCGGCUGCCGUCCGCCCGCCUAGGUCAGGCCUCGAGCUCAGGACUCCGACGCGCUUUCGCCUCCCGGCGCGCCCGGGUCACAUGCCGGUGAUGCCGGCCGGGGAAGUCCGGGCGGGGGCCGCACACCGGCCGGGCCCCCUCGGCGCGCGCUCCCGACGCGCGGGGUGUGGCCACCAAGGGCGGGCUCGGGCGGCCCUGACGUCACACCCGCGCCCCCCACCCCACCCCCCAGCCAGCCCCGAGGUAUUUACCUUCGAAAAGUGGUGGCGGCUGCAGUCUGGGCCCAGGCCCCUGUGGCCCUGAAGACAUGGAGUUUGUAUCUGGAUACCGGGAUGAAUUCCUUGAUUUCGCUGC